AUGCCGUUACAAUCAUCAAGAACCAAAUCCUACGCGCCGCCCAUCACCGCCUCCACCCAUUCCCACUCUUCUUUUUCUUCUUCAAGGUCAUCCGCUUCCCUCCGCUCUUCUCCUCAGUCUUCGCCUUCCGUCUCUCCCAACCGUUCCCUCUCUUACGAUAACAAGAACAACGCGCUUCCCCACCACCGCCGGAAGAGGACGUGUUUGUGUUCCCCUACAACGCACCUUGGGUCUUUCCGCUGUCCUCUCCAUAAAGGAUUCCCGCUGUCCAGGAAUCAUCCGAAUGCUCCUCAACAAUCGACGCCGACGUCGUUCAAUCCCGGGAGUCCUUUGAAUUUGAGGAGAUUGGCCUUGAAGAAUUCGUUAAUAAGAAUCGGAGAGUUGGUUAAGAGAACUUUAACGGCUCGUAUAACUAUAAGGCCUUCUUCGCAUCAACAACGACGCCCGGCAACUUUUCACCCAAGGCCUAGCCGGCUUUCCAUUAUGUCUAAAGCCGAUGAUUCUUCAACUGUGUUAGGGUUUCUUUCCAACCAGCGAGCUCAGUGA